AUGUCGGGCGCAAACACCAUCAAGGUCGUUGCCCGUUUCCGGCCGCAGAACAAGGUCGAACUUGCGUCUGGCGGCCAGCCUAUCGUCUCUUUCAAUGGCGACGACACUUGUAGUCUCAGUUCUGCCGAGGCACAGGGCUCCUUCACCUUUGAUCGCGUAUUUCCUAUGGGCACCCAACAAGCAGAUAUCUUUGAUUACUCCAUUCGGUCUACGGUCGACGAUAUUCUCAACGGCUACAAUGGAACGGUCUUUGCGUACGGUCAGACGGGUGCCGGAAAGUCUUACACCAUGAUGGGAACGAGCAUAGAGGACGACAUGGGCAAGGGUGUGACCCCCCGUAUCGUGGAGCAGAUUUUCAGCAGUAUCAUGUCCAGCCCAGCCAACAUUGAAUACACUGUCCGGGUCAGUUAUAUGGAAAUCUACAUGGAGCGCAUCCGCGAUUUGCUCCAGCCGCAAAACGACAACCUUCCUGUGCACGAGGAGAAGAAUAGGGGUGUAUACGUCAAGGGACUUUUGGAGCUCUACGUGUCGAGUGUUCAGGAAGUGUUCGAGGUCAUGACAAGAGGAGGAAAUGCUCGAGCUGUCGCUGCGACCAACAUGAACCAGGAAUCCUCGCGUUCGCAUUCCAUUUUCGUCAUCACCAUCACCCAGAAGAAUGUCGAGACUGGUUCGGCCAAGAGUGGCCAGCUGUUCUUGGUUGAUUUAGCUGGUAGUGAAAAGGUUGGCAAGACUGGUGCCAGUGGCCAGACUUUGGAAGAGGCCAAGAAGAUCAACAAGAGUUUGAGUGCUCUUGGUAUGGUCAUCAAUGCCUUGACCGACGGCAAAUCCUCACAUAUCCCGUACCGAGACUCCAAGUUGACGAGAAUCUUGCAAGAAUCGUUGGGAGGAAACAGCAGAACAACCCUCAUCAUCAACUGUUCGCCGAGUAGUUACAAUGAUGCUGAAACGCUCAGUACCCUCCGUUUUGGUAUGCGAGCCAAAUCCAUCAAGAACAAGGCCAAGGUCAAUGCCGAACUCAGCCCUGCAGAGCUCAAGGCCAUGCUCAAAAAGUCGCAAACCACCAUAUCAAGCUUUGAAAACUGGGCUUCAGCUGCAGAUGGCGAGCUGCAGCUCUGGCGCGCAGGUGAAAGUGUGCCCAAGGACAAGUGGGUUCCGGCAUUUGGCACUGAAGGUGUCGCUGCUGCAAAGCCUGAAGCAAAGGCGCCUAGACCCGGAACUCCGUCCCGGUUGAUCACGGAAAGCCGUGCCGAGACGCCAGCCCUUACUGAACGUUCGGGCACUCCCAGCAUCCCUCUGGAUAAGGACGAGAGAGAGGAGUUCCUCCGAAGAGAGAAUGAACUGCAAGAUCAGCUGGCCGAGAAGGAGUCGGCCGUGGCCACGGCCGAAAAGAACUAUGCAGAGUCCAAGGAGGAGCUUUCUUUCCUCAAGGAUCAUGACAGUAAACUCGGCAAGGAGAACGAAAAGCUCACAACAGAGGUCAAUGAGGCCAAGAUGCAGCUCGAGCGUCUCACGUUUGAGAGCAAGGAGGCUCAGAUUACCAUGGACGCCUUGAAGGAAGCCAACUCUGAGCUCACCACAGAGUUGGACGAGGUCAAGCAGCAAUUGCUGGAUGUCAAGAUGAGUGCAAAGGAGACUACUGCCAUUCUGGACGAGAAGGAGAAGAAGAAGGCAGAGAAGAUGGCUCAAAUGAUGGCUGGCUUCGACCUGGGUGGUGAUGUCUUUAGUGAAAACGAGGCGGCCAUCGCAAAGGCUAUCCAGCAGGUGGAGGCCUUUUAUGAGCACAGCUCCUCGGGCGACAUUAUUCCAACGGACGAUUUGCAAGAUCUCAAGAACAGACUGGUCGAGACCCAGGGAAUAAUUCGCCAAGCCGAGCUCUCACUUUACAGCACUUCAUCCGGAGACAGCGACGCUCGCCGUAGAGCUGAACUGGAGGCACGCCUCGAGAAAAUGCAGCAGGACUAUGAGGACCUUUUGGCAAGGAAUCUGAGCGAGGCCGAUACCGAGGAGAUCAAGGAGCGUCUCAAGGAGGCUUAUGCCAACAAACAAACAACUCAAAUGGAGCUUGCCGAUGAGCUCAAGGUCGACAUUGCCCAAAAGUCUGCCGAGAAUUCUCGGAUGAAGACUCUCAUUGACGACCUGCAAACGCGUCUCAAAUCUGGUGGCGGUGCCGCAACCCCCGGUCUGGCCAACGGCAAGACUGUGCAGCAACAGAUUGCCGAGUUUGACGUCAUGAAGAAGAGUCUGAUGCGUGAUCUGCAGAACAGAUGUGAGCGCGUUGUCGAGCUCGAGAUCAGCCUUGAUGAGACACGAGAGCAGUACAACAAUGUAUUGAGAUCCUCCAACAAUCGCGCUCAGCAGAAGAAGAUGGCCUUCCUUGAGCGUAACCUUGAGCAGUUGACUCAAGUGCAACGCCAGCUCGUCGAGCAAAACGGCGGACUCAAGAAGGAGGUUGCCAUUGCUGAGCGCAAACUCAUUGCCAGAAACGAGCGCAUUCAGAGCUUGGAAAGCCUGCUGCAAGACAGCCAAGAGAAGCUCACCGCGGCUAACCAUAGAUUCGAAUCACAACUCACGGCCGUCAAGGAACGCCUCGAGGCCGCAAAGGCCGGCUCCACCCGUGGGCUCGGUGCUCCUGCCGGCAACGGUGGCUUCAGCUUUGGAAGCCGCAUCGCCAAGCCUCUGCGUGGUGGCGGUGACGGCCCUGGACAAGGCCCAACCAUUGCAAACUUGCAAAACGAGAGCGGCGCUAGUAAGAGAAGCAGCUGGUUCUUUAACAAGUCGUAG